AGCUUUCCUUGCUGAAAGUGCACUGCAUUUUGCCAACCUAUUGGAAUUUUUGCUGAUAUUAUUUGAGUGAAUAAUUCAAACGAAUCUGUUGUGUUCUAACUGUUGUAUAAUGAAAGCGCUUUCCAUGCAUUGAGGCACGCUCCACCUUCAGUUGCAGACUCCAUAUGACUGCCUUCCGCUACUUCACCGCUCUAGGAACUUCCCCAAGGAACAAGAAUGAGUUUUUCCAGACGCUCGUCCACGUUGGCUCGUAUAGGGAUCAAGGGUGAUCGCGAUGGGGCAGCAACAGAGACUGAUCUGGACAAGGAGAUGGAGAAAGUUUUUGCUAUGUCCGACAACGAGCGCUUCAACUUGGCGAGCAUCUCCAACGACCCGGAGUCGCUGCCCGACUUGCGCAAGUUUGAUGAGCAAGACUACAGCUCUCACCGAGGGAAGAACUACCCCCAUAUCCAUAUGCCGCUCAAAAUUAUGCACUCUCGGUCUAUGAGAAAAAGAACCAGUUCAACUCGGGAGAGCCAUGAAGGACAUGAGGAGUCAGAACAGAGAGAGACAGCAGAAGAUUUGGACUCUCCUCCAGCAUUAGAUAUUACAAGUAGUCCAUCUUCCAGCCCAGAAGAAGUGCGAGCCGUCAGCACCAAUGAGCCGGAUGAGAGCUGUAGAGAUGACUCACCCCCUCCCCCACCCACCCCUCCUUUGGGAGAUGAGCCAGCUGCUCCCACCAUCGAACUGUCAGAGAUCACGGAGACGUUCUCACCUGACCGCCGGGUUCAGUUUGAUAUCGAUGGUCUCAGCGAUACACCUGAAGAAUCUGAUGCCAGAAGAAGAGACAAGGACAUGCUGGAAGACAGUGAAAAGAAAAGGAGAAAACAUAGAAAACACAAGAAAUACUCGGAAGAAGACCCUGGAUGGAGGAAAAAGUCGGGAGCUUUCUUGGCUGUGGACAACCGCAGGAUGAGCAUCCAACCUGAAGAAGCUCAGAAUUUACAAGAGGUGGACCAGGAUGACCUCACUAGUCAUAGAUUUGAUGUGCCCCGAGGUAUACGAAGGUUUAGUGUCAAGUCCAGAGUAUCGAUGGCUUCUAUUGGAGAUACGAGCAGGAAAAGCUCAAUGAUUCCACAGACUCUGCCGUUCUACUCCUACAAGAAGUCGUUUGAUCACAGUCCACACAAGGUGUUUGUACAACUCAAUGAGCUGAUUGGCUACGGAGAGGAGCUCGGAGAGUGGAAGGAGACAGCUCGGUGGAUCAAAUAUGAGGAGAACUUGGAAGAGGGAGCGGAGAGGUGGGGGAAACCUCAUGUCGCUACUCUCAGCUUCCACAGCCUUCUCAAUCUGCGACGUUGUCUUGAGACAGGUGUACUCCUACUAGACCUAGAAGAGAAGGACCUACCAGGCAUCUCAUACCGGAUUGUCGAGCAGAUGGUCGUAGAAGAGCUAAUCUCACCAGAAGACAAACCAGCGGUUAUGCGAGCGUUGUUGUUGCGUUACCGCUUCGUUGAUGCUCACGAGCGAUUCCGCUUCAGUGUGCGACGUAACACUUCCAGCUACACCAGCUUGCAGAGACACCGAGCUUCUCGAGGCACUUUGUAUGAAAGUUUUCUACCAGAUGACUUGAUGUACAUGGACAAUAUCAGUGAAGAGAACAUCCAAGAAGAGGUGAAGAGUCGACCAAAGAUGUCGAUAGCUUCGUCUCUGGAGGUUCCUAAGAUGUUGAACAACUACGCAAGUCUUCACGAUGAUCCUGCUAGAGCUUCGCUGGUCAACCAUACAGCAGUAGAAAUGAAAGAAGAAACGUACAUGUCUUCUUCUGAAGAUCUAACGAAGAAAGCAGCGAGAGAGAGCAUCUUGAAGAGGAUACCAGAUGGUGCUGAAGCUGCUGCUGUGUUAGUUGGAGCCGUAGACUUCUUGAAACAACCAACAACAGCAUUUGUACGACUCGCCGAGGGAACGAUGAUUCCGAGCAUUACAGAGGUGACUAUUCCAGUCCGAUUCAUAUUCGUCUUGCUUGGUCCACCAGAAGCGGAUCUCGACUACCAUGAGAUAGGUAGAUCCAUCUCUACUCUCAUGUCCAAUUCUGACUUUCACACUCUGGUUUACAAAGCGACAGAAAGGCGAGAUCUGCUGUCAGCCAUCAACGAGUUCCUAGACUUCAGCAUUGUGCUGCCCCCCGGGGACUGGGACCAGCAGACACUGCUUCCAUACUCGGAUAUCAAGGAGAAGACAGACGAGAUACGAAGACGGCAGAGUAGGAUACAUCCACCUACCAAACAACCUCUCACCCCUAUCAGUGAGCGGAGAACCAAAUACCCAGAUCCACUGAAACGUACCCGUCGUCCAUUUGGAGGUCUGUUCAACGACAUCAAGAGACGAUAUCCUUGGUUUCUUUCGGACUUCAAAGAUGGACUGAACCUGCAGUGUUUUGCUGCUGCGAUAUUCAUAUACUUUGCUGCUCUCUCUGCUGCCAUCGCGUUUGGAGGAUUGAUGGCUGAUAAGACCAACAACCUGAUUGGUAUCUCAGAGACGUUGGUCGCCACAGCCAGCUCCGGAGUGUUCUUUGCGUUGUUUGGUGGACAACCUCUGUUGAUCGUUGGAACGACUGGUCCACUGCUUCUGUUUGAGGAGAGUCUUUACAGUUUUUGCCAACAGAAUGGUAUAGAAUACCUGAUUAUCCGUGUGUACAUUGGUUUCUGGCUGCUGGUGAUUGCUCUCAUAGUCAGCUGUUUUGAAGGCAGUGUCCUCGUCAAGCUGUUCACCCGCUUUAUAUCCGAGAUAUUCGCCUCUCUAAUCUCUCUCCUCUACAUUGUUGAGAGCGCCAUGAAGAUAUAUGCUUUGUUUUUGAGGCAUCCUCUGAUGACCUUGUCAGAAUACUGUUCAGAAGCAAACGUAACAUCUUCAAUGCUCAGCCAUGCUGCUUGGAUAUCUAAUUCAUCAACCAACUCAUCCAUUGAAGUAGUAACACGACCUGUACCUGCGACGACCAAUCAACCUAACACAGCUCUGUUCUGCACCGUGCUGGCACUGGGUACAUUCUUCAUUGCCUACUACUUGCGCCAUUUUCGCAACAGCAAGUUCUUGGGACGAAGUGCGAGGCGGGCGUUGGGAGACUUUGGUGUUCCAAUCGCCAUUGUGCUGAUGGUGCUGCUGGACUACGUAGAGCCCGGGGUGUACACAGAGAAGCUGAAGGUACCCGAGGGUCUGAGCCCCAGCAACCCCUCAGUGCGGGGGUGGCUCAUAUCUCCCCUGGGACUGCUGGCCCCCGUACCACUGUGGGUGGCGGGGGUGGCUGUAGUACCUGCCAUGCUGGUCUAUAUACUGCUCUUCAUGGAGACGCACAUCAGCGAGUUGAUCAUAGACAAGAAGGAGCGAAAGUUGAAGAAAGGUUGUGGAUUCCACUUAGAUAUAGUGCUGGUGUGUAUAGCCAACGUUGGGUGUGGACUGAUGGGAGCACCUUACAUGUGUGUGGCAACUGUGCGCAGUGUGGCACACGUGUCUGCUGUGACCGUCAUGUCUCGGACACACGCGCCCGGAGACAAACCUCACAUUAUUGAGGUCAAAGAACAGAGAUUGUCAGCGUUGGCAGUGAGUAUUCUCGUGGGGGUCUCGGUAUUGUUCUCACCCUUACUUCGCCUUGUACCCAUGGCUGCACUGUUUGGAGUGUUUCUCUAUAUGGGUAUCUCCUCCAUUGAUGGUAUCCAAUUCUUUGAGAGGCUUAUUCUGUUUUUCAUGCCAGUCAAGCACCACCCUCAAGUUGAAUACGUUCGCAGAGUCCAGACCAUGAAGAUGCACCUGUUCACGUUGAUUCAGCUGGCUUGUCUUGCGGGACUUUGGGUUAUCAAGUCUUCACCUCUCUCCCUCGCGUUUCCGUUCUUCAUCAUCCUCAUAGUCCCAUUAAGAGCUCAAUUCAGAUAUCUCUUCACUGAACAAGAGUUGAAAGCCUUGGACAGUGAUGGUCCGGCCGACCAGAUAGCUCAAGAGGACGAGCCCGACUUCUAUGCAGAGAGUUUGCUAGCAGGUUAAUGUGCGAUCAGACUUUGUCUUUCACAUUCCAAGCAAUAUCGUACACAAACACAUCUCCCCACAUAGACUAACGUGGAACAAUAUCAGUAUUACCACUACCUUGUAAUUCAACAAUAAGAACCGGUUGGUAAUGACAGUAUUAUUACAUUGUAAUUUAAGGAAAACUAAGCAGUAAGCACUCAAGUCAGCAUUGGAGAGUAGUUUUAUGCUGGCUGGGUUUGUUGGGUUAGAGUUAUUGGAGAGUAAGGUGUUUUAAAACAUCAUGAUUAUUUCAUUGAAUCCUCAAUUUUUACUUUGUUGGGUUCAUAUUGAAAUUAGUUUACUCUUUUUUAACUUUGUAUUUGAUACAUUAUUCUUUUAGUUAAGUUUGAUUAAUAAUUCCAUAAUUAGAUUAUAUGCGUAGCAAUUAGUUGAUUUUUGCUAUAUUUUAUAAAUGAAGGUAGUUUUGAAUUGUCUUCUUUACUUGUUAAAUGAUUGAUCAGUGUGUAAUAGUAAAAAAAAGUUAACUGUAAUUUUAACUUAUGAAAUUCAACCAUAAUAAUCGUAUUGUAAUCGUACCUUCUAAAUUUAAAUACUCUUCCUUUUUUAGAGACUGAAUGGAUUGUUUUAAUUAAUUGUAUGAUAAUGGUUGGGAUUGUUAGGGGAAAAGUAUGCAAUUUACAUACAUUUUAUUUCUUUAUACUUAACUUAGGAAGUUAGGAUGUUGUGUUGUUAGUGUCUUAAGUAUGGAACACACAUUUAAUAAUAUAUUUGUCAAAUAAUACUCAAUAUUAAAUCGUACAGUAAUUUAAAAAGAAAUAAUUCUUGGAAACUUCUAAAGACCUUUAUAAUCAUGUCUUACUAGAACUCAACCUAUUUGUAGACGCCUGAACCAGUCACCUGUGGACCAAGACAAUAGCCAGAUAUUGAUUUUGCCAGUUACCCAAAGUCUAUACUCAUUCAAUUACACUUACAAAUUCAAUUAAUUACAGUUUUCCAAUAACUAUUUUUUUUUCCAGAUUUGUUGUAACUGGUUUAUCUUACCUUAAGCUUUAUAAAACAAGGGUUUCAUCAUUAUCAUAUAAAUAUCAGUACCAAGAUUUAAUGUAUAGAAUAAUAUUCUUUUCCUACAGUUUCCUAACAAUGUACAUGUUCUCUCACUGAUUUGAGAAAGCAAAGUGGCCAAUUCGCUCACCAGUGAGACAAUGUUAACAUUGUCUCACUCUAAUUACUUUGUCUCACUCCAGAUUUGCAACAUGAAGGCACAAAAUAGUGAGCGCGUAACAUGCAGACAAGGUCGUAUGCGCGCGAAAUACGUUGGCAGCACUGGCUGUAAAUCAGCUGGUCAGCUGUUGUACUGUUGUAUCAUUAAAUGUCAUAUUAAAAGUUCACUUCUGUGUAAAAAUAUGUUACGUUUCUUUACCAAUUUAUUUGUUUUAUGGUAAAUGUAGGAAAAAUAUAAUGUGCAACUCGAGUGCAAAGUGCAAUUGCCUCACUCGAGAAAUCAUUCCUCACUCGCCUACGGCUCGUGAGUAAGUAUUUCUCUCGAGUGAGUCACUUUGCUCACUAGUUGCACAAAUAACUAUUAUCAAGUUAUCAUCAGCUUUUAUUGCAAGUUGGUAGAAAAAGCCUCAUAGAUUGUAAAAAUUGUCCUUUGAAAGGUGGCUGUGUGUAGGGUGUCCCCCUACUUUAUCAAUUUUACAAUUUUUAGGUUUUGUGUGUGUAGAAUUUAUCAGUUGUACCAACUGUUGACAUUCAGUAUUGUAUUGUAUUGGCUGCAACUUUUCCCUUCAUCAAAUCAGUGAAGUCCUUUAAGUUUUACAGUAAAAUAUUCUCAAUCAAUCUCUUUGUAAAAUCUGAAGCCUGUGUUUUAUGUUCGUAUCUUUUCAGUGCGCUGAUGUUGGCUGAAUUGUACCCUCUUGUAAGUAAAAUUUAGAAAUUUCAUAUUUUGCGAUCAACACUGAGGUUAAAACCCAAAGAAAAUAUUGCCAGAGGAAGAAAUUGCUUGUAAAUAGAUUAAUCCACUUGGUUAAACAUUAUUUAAAGUUGGUUAAAUAACACAAGAUGAAUAGUAAACAUCAAAUCAUCCAUUACAUAAACCGGACAAAAAAAAUACUUGAAACUUGUCUUCAGCUUUUCCAAAAAGGUGAUAAAUUUAUACAGGAGUAUGUAUAAUUUAUAGAUUGCUUAAAAACAUUAAGGAAGAAAGGACAGACGCAUCUAAUUCACUUAAGAAAUGAGUUCCAGACUUGAUUGCACAAAAAAAGUACACAAUACAUUAAACGAUUAAACUAGAUUUUUCAAACCAUCAAUUGAAAAUUAGAACAAAAUUUGAUUACAAACUCUGCUAUGUUCUUCUGCAGAAGCCAUUUUAUAAGGGCAAAUAAAGGAAAUAUUGAGUUUUAUGUGGAAUUUAUUUGAGUCCAACUUAACUUAAAUUAAUGUAGUUGUGAAUGUGUCCCUUCUUCCUCAAUGAAUAAUUUUUAAGUCAUAUAUUAGAAGUCUUCAACUACAACACAGUGAAUGGAUCAGAGGAAGUUUAUAUAUGUAGUGAGACUUUCCCUCUCUAUCCAAUAUACAAUGUAGUAUACUAGGUGACACCUAACUAUACAGGUUUUCGUGGAUUGGUGAAAAAUGAGUGUUAGUUGCCACUUGCCAACAAAUUUACCAUCAAGUGUCCUCCUCUGGUCUUUUCUUUAGUUGUUAGAAAGGUCUAUGCACAUAAUGAUAAUAAAGAAAGACCAUACUUAUUGUAUUCACACGCAAAUAUUUCUGUUACUUCUACAGAUUACUGUAAGUUUACCAUAAUUGUUUUCAAUGGAAUGAUUUAUUAUGGUUGUGAUAGCAAUUAUAACUUAUCCUUCCCAUACUGUUUUAUCUAUUGCUGUUCAGUGUGAAUGAAUUACUCGUUAGAUUGUGUCAUGUGCCUUUUGAUGCUCCAUUUCUCUUCCAGUAUAACUGUACGUAAAACCUUCUUGUUAUUAGGAAUAUCAAUGAAUUGUUCAAUAAAUACAUUAGUCUAGUAAGUGUUGAUUGAUAAAGUAUCUAUAGAACACAUGUUAAUUGACGCUGUGUGAUUUCGGUUGUAGUUAUUAGUUUAUUGUUGAAAAGAGAUUUUAAACACAUGGACUAAGGCUGUGUACAGAAACAGAAACAAAAACAUGUGAUAAGUUGAAACUGUCAAGGAUAUGAAUGAACGCAAAGUGUGAAUUUGAUUGAAACAGCGUGAUAUUUAUUAGUAUUUUUAAUUCCAACAUGUAAUUUUGUUGUGGACAGAUAUCAAAAGUGAUUAUGCAAAUGUUGGUGUAGUGAUGGUAAUGAAAAAAAAUGUAUUCUUUGAUUCUGCAUUGUUUGAUAAGAGUAUAAUGUUAACAAUGAUUUUUUUUUUACGAAAUAUGAAAAAGUAUUAUACAGAAUCAAGAUAAAGGAGGUUUGAAACAUUGCAACAGUUACAUAAUACUGUCAUACUUGGUUAUCUUAAAACAUAUUUUUAAUAACUAUACACAUUUGUAUUUAUUUACUAACUCUUAAAAAAACCUAUAUCCCUGUAGUAUUUUUUCUCAUACCUAAAUAUUUAUUUAUCAAUACUUGUAUACGGUGUUAAAUUUAUUGCUUGUUAAUUUAAGGUUUCAUCAAUUGUAAAGACUUAAAGAUGUGAUAAGAUAACAUUACAAGGUGUAUUGGGUGUAAAAUGGUGCUCUAUGUGUACGGAACAAUGUAGAGAUGAUGCAAUAUAUUUUUCUGUUAGGUUAAGAUUUCAUAACUCACUUGAUUAAGUUCCUUCCGUAUGAUUAAAUUUUGGUUUUAGAAUUGUUUAUGUGGAUUCAAGUGAACCUUUGUGAAUAUUAAUUUAGCAUUUAGUACCUGAUCAAAAAUAAACAUUUAUUCUUA